AUGUCCGAGCUCUGGUACCAGAAACCUGCCACCGGGUGGGAUGAGGCCCUUCCAGUGGGAAAUGGGCGUCUGGGGGCCAUGGUCUACGGGAGAACCGAUGCUGAGCUGCUCCAGCUGAAUGAGGAUUCUGUUUGGUAUGGAGGCCCACAGGAUCGCAUUCCAGAGGAUGCUUUGAGAAAUCUACCGCAUUUUAGAAAGUUGAUUCGACAAGGCGCUCAUAAUGAGGCAGAGGAAUUGGUUCGUCGAGCGUUCUUUGCGUCCCCGAAUGGCCAGCGGCAUUAUGAGCCUUUAGGGACACUGUCUUUGGACUUUGGACAUCUGUUUGAUGAAGUGAAAAGUUAUCGGCGAUCUUUAGAUUUAGAGGCUGGAAUUGCGCAUGUGCACUACGAGUAUGAUGGUGUACAGUUUCAUCGCCAGGUACUCGCCAGCCAUCCGGACAGUGUGCUGGCUAUCCGGGUACAGGCAUCAAGACGUACCGAGUUCUUGGUCCGACUCAGUCGACUUAGCGAGCUGGAAUAUGAAACAAAUGAGUUCCUGGAUGAUAUAGAGGUGGAAGAUCAGUUUAUUACGAUGCAUGUCACUCCUGGUGGCAGAGGCAGUAACCGGGCUGCCUGCAAACUGACGAUUCGUUGCGAGAGUGGCAGUCAGGACCCUGCAAGAAUCGCGAGAGUGGGCAAAAAUCUCGUCGUCAAUGCGAGAGACGCUCUGAUUCUGAUAGCUGCUCAGACGGCAUAUCGAUGUAAGGAUAUUGACAAGGCGGCCAUGGCCGACUUGACAUCAGCCCUUGCCCAUUCAACAGACACGAUAUGGAGUCGACAUGUUGCGGAUUACCAAGCCCUAUAUGGCCGCUUGGAACUGCGCCUAGGCCCAGAUGGAACAGACAUACCGACAGACGAGCGGAUUCUAAGUGCGCGAGACCCAGGCCUCGUUGCCCUAUACCUUCACUACAGCCGCUACCUGCUGAUAUCCUGUAGCCGUCCAGGCAAGGAGGACGACUCUGACGGUGUUCUCCCUGCCACGCUGCAGGGAAUCUGGAACCCAUCAUUCCACCCACCAUGGGGCUGCCGAUACACGCUCAACAUUAACCUGCAGAUGAAUUACUGGCCUGCCAAUGUAGGCAACCUGGCUGAGUGCGAGCAGCCCCUGUUUGCCCUGCUUGAGCGCCUUGCCGUAACUGGUGCUGAAACUGCUCGCAAAAUGUAUGGCUGCCGCGGGUGGACGGUGCACCAUAAUACCGACCUUUGGGCGGAUACAGCGCCUGUGGAUCGCUGGAUGCCGGCUACUUUGUGGCCUCUUGGUGGUGCUUGGCUGUGCACUCAUAUCUGGGAACAUUAUCUCUUUGGUGGAGAUAGACGCUUCUUAAGGCGGAUGCUACCGGUGCUGCGAGGGUGUGUUGAGUUUCUGCUUGACUACUUGGUAGACGAUGCUUCCGGUCAGUAUAAGGUAACAAACCCAUCAUUGUCGCCUGAGAACACGUUCCGUGAUGAAAAAGGCAACGCGGGGGUACUCUGCGAAGGCUCAACAAUCGACACCCAACUAGUCCGUGCUGUCCUGGGGGCAUUUGUUGCAGCGCUGGAGGUACUUCAUAUUACAGAGACCAAACUCCUUAUCCAAGUGCACGACACUCUACGACGCCUGCCACCUCUGAGAAUUGGUUCAGCAGGACAGCUCCAGGAGUGGAUGGUUGACUAUGAAGAGCUGGAACCGGGCCAUCGACACGUUUCGCACCUUUGGGCUCUUUACCCAGGUCGCGAUAUCAAUCUGGGCACUACUCCUGAGCUCGCCAAAUCCUGCGCAGUCACACUCCAACGACGACAAUCGGCCGGGGGCGGUCAUACGGGCUGGAGUAGGGCGUGGCUACUCAAUCUGCAUGCGCGUCUGAGGGACGCAGAUGAAUGCGCAAAUCAUCUAGAGCAGCUUUUGGCAAAAUCAACACUUCCAAACCUUCUGGAUACACACCCGCCGUUCCAGAUUGAUGGUAACUUUGGCGGUGGCGCCGGGAUACUGGAGAUGCUGGUGCAGUCGCAUGAAGAUGGUAUAAUUCGACUUCUGCCUGCCUGUCCAGCCGCUUGGCCAAGUGGAAGACUGAGAGGAGUUCGGGCACGGGGUGGUUUCGAGCUGGAGUUUGGAUGGGAAGAUGGCGCGAUAUGCGGGCCCGUUAUACUCCUCUAUGGCAGGCCUCACGUUAGAACAAGCCAGCAAAGAACGAGAUAUAACAAAAUAGUGCAGUCAAAUAUGGCCAUGGACUUAACUCCGGUGCAAGACCUGAAAGGCGCUUUACGCAACGACUUCUUCCACGGCUAUGCCACCGCAGCACCGCAGAUCGAAGGCGCCUGGAACAAAGAUGGCAAAGGGCCUUCAAUAUGGGACACAUUCGGCCACACUCCAGGAAAAGUCAAAGAUAAAAGCACGGCCGACGACACAAUACGGUCGUACGACCUUUACCGUGAAGAUGUGGCCUUGAUGAAGUCAUACGGUGUCAACGCCUACCGCUUCUCGCUAUCUUGGUCACGUAUCAUCCCUCUCGGCGGUGCCGAUGAUCCCAUCAACGAGCAAGGAGUCAAGUUCUAUCAGGAUCUCAUCGAUGAGCUGCUCCGAAAUGAUAUCACGCCGUUUGUGACUCUCUUUCACUGGGACGUUCCCCAAGCCCUGGAAGACCGGUACGGUGGCAUGCUGAACCAGGAGAGGUUCGUCCCUGAUUUUCUCCGGUAUGCGCGCGUCUGUUUCGAACGACUAGGGCCGCGAGUUCGCCACUGGAUCACGUUCAACGAGCCCGGGGUCUACUCACUGGCUGGCUACGCGGCCGGCGUCCAUGCCCCAGCGAGAUCCUCUUAUCGAGACCGCAACGAGCAGGGAGAUUCCUCUACGGAGCCUUUUAUCGUCGGCCAUACAGAGCUAAUUGCUCACGGGCACGCAUCAAAGCUCUAUCGUGAAGAGUUCCAGCCGCAGCAGGGAGGAACAAUCGGCAUUACUCUGCACGGUAACUGGUCCGAGCCAUGGGACAUGGACGAUGAGCGGGAUCAGAAGACGGCAGAGCGGGCACGCGAGUUCGAGAUCGCCUGGUUCGCUGAUCCGUUAUACAAGACCGGAGACUAUCCAGCCUCGAUGCGAGCUCAACUCGGUGAUCGUCUACCACGCUUUACUCCAGAAGAAUCAGAGCUCGUACUGGGGAGCUCCGAGUUCUACGGCAUGAACUCCUACACUACCUUUUUCGUGCAGCAUAAGGAUACUCCCGCGGACAUAAACGACCACAAGGGCAAUGUCAUUGUCCACGAUACGAACAGUAAGGGUGUCUCUCGUGGUGAGGAGUCGGACACCCACUGGCUGCGGAUGGCACCGGCUGGAUGGCGAAAGCUACUGAACUGGAUCUGGAACCGGUACCAUAUGCCCAUCUAUGUGACUGAGAACGGCACGACAGCGAAAGGUGAAACAGCACCGACUGCAGAGGUGCUCAAUGACACGUUUCGGAUGCGAUUCUUCGAAGGAUAUGUUGGUGGGUUGGCCCGAGCUGUUAAAGAGGAUGGAGUUGAUGUCCGUUCGUACUUUGCGUGGACCUUUACUGAUAACUGGGGUAUGUCCAAAGUCUUCAAGAUUCACUUGGUUGUUUGCAAACUGACUGGAGGCAGAAUGGGCCGCGGGCUUCACUGA